AUGAAAUCGCACCAAAAGUUCCUGGAAGAUGUUACGGCUGGCCGAUGUCCUGAAGUAACUAUCACCGGUGAGAACACUUUGGUCGUGCGAGAAUGGGGAGAAGUCCGCGACGAGCUCAAUGAAACCGGUUCUGGAGCUGAGACUGGUGCACUACCUGGAGUUUGUUCACAAUCUGGAUUUGGUGCACAAUUUCAGACGGUUCGGGAUAAAACCAAUGCCGACACGUGCGAUAUGAUCGAUGGAUUAGCGGAGGAAGGUCAUAUGCAGCUAUCGCCUAAUGGUAGAGCCCUUUACUCUCUUAUUGAUGAACUGGACCCAUCUAGUUUGCCUCCAGCUCACGUGGAAAACGCACCAGAAGACGUGGAAAACGGCGUACACUCCGAGAGUGUGUCCAAGUCUCAAAGUGUAGCAGCGCCCAAACUGCGCAAGGAAGUGCUCAAAACAAUUUCGAAAUAG